AUGACGAGCAACCCGGACGUACCUCCAUUUACUGGCUACGUCGAAACUACAGUCAAUGCACUCAGACUUAUCCACGCUGCUCGUCAAGGCGUCAUUCCACGUAUUACUCGUCGGCUUAAUGAUUCCGAGCGGAGGUCAAUGAUCAAGUCCGGGGCGGUCUUUGUCUUCAGCGUUGAGGAGAGUGGGAUCAAGCGCUGGACAGAUGGCUUGCUGUGGUCCCCGUCUCGUAUCGUCGGAAACUUUCUUGUCUAUCGUGAAAUUAACGAGCGCGCAAGUACAAGAGGAAAUCACAAGAAACCUUACCCGAGCGAAGAUUCGCCGACGCGGUCUCUGGUUCGCAAAAGCUCUCCCGACCAGAAUUGCAUUGGGCUCAGGGGCCACGGCAGCGACCAAGGCACUUUCAAAGCAGGUGGUCUCAUCAAGAAGACUAUCACGGUUACCAUCGACGGCUCUGACCUGCAUUUGAUCUCCUACUACACCUCAGAAGACAUACGAUCAGGAAAGUUGAAGCGGCCCUCAGCGCGCUCCGACAUCAUGGGACUUUAUAUGCCACCGCAACUCUUUCGUCUCACCAACUUUCGAGUUCCACCAAAAGUGGAGAUGGGUCCAGAUCACAAAAUGAGGCUAGUUGAGGUCGACGAACUUGACCAAGUUGAUUGCAAAGUCGAAGACCAGGGCUACCAUAUCCCCUCAUCCCCAACGUGGUCAUCACACACGGGCAGCCCAACGUCACCUAUCGACAACUCUUUUGGUGGAAGCUCCAUGUACUCGAUGGCGUCGGGAAAUGGACAAAAUAUAUACAACAGAUCUCACCCAAACAACCGAUGGCCCGGACAAGGGGAUGUUGUUGUGGGCACGAAUCAUCGACAAGAUUUAGGACAAUGGUCUCCUUCCGCGUCCACUCUGACCUCAGCACACGCUAUUAGUCGACGGCGCGAUACAAUUAUGUCGGAUAACUGGUCGUCUAUUCAUGCCCAGUCUAAUGGACGAUGGCAAAGCCAUAAUGAUGAUUCUACAAACCCCGGCGCUUAUCCAGAUCGACCUCGUGUCAGAACUCAGCACUCGUACGACGACAGUCAAACAAUUCAUCGCCGCGAAAACGACAACACUCAGCACCACCAAGCGUACUCCGUCCGUUAUCUCGGGCAUCCGGCUGCUACCCGCGAAGGAGCUUUGCAACGUUUGCACUGGCACACACGCGACACUCCAGACGCUAAUCGCGAUGCUCGUCGUAAUAGUCAAACUGGCAGCGCAUACCCAUCGUCUUCACCUCCUAUUCCAUUCUCUCCACAGUCUUACAGUACUACGACUACUUACACGUCUACCUGGACGCCUUCCGAUGCAAAUAUGCUUACCACUCCCACCCUCCAUCCGGUCACCAAUCCGGCACCAAUCAACUACGAUGGGACUUACAACUCAUCUACCGCUAUCUCCAGCCCCGACGACUACACAGGGGUCGAUGAUUUCCAGGAAUCUUAG